ACCUCACGCAUGCGCACAUGAGGGGAACAGUCACGGCGGUGGCAGAGAAACCCACGAAAGAAAAGCUGUUUUCUGCUCUGGAUGAUAUUGACGUUUUAUCCAGAGAGCUUAUGGAGAUUCUGGCACUGUCCAGGACACAGAAGCUGCUCCACCCUGGAGAGGAUACACAGAUUUUGGAGCUGUUAGUGCAGAGAGAUAAAGAGUUUCAGGAGCUGUUGCAGACAGCAGUGGAGCAGGGAAGAGUGCACGAAGAGAUGCAGACACUGGAGAAGGAAGUUGAGAAGAGAGACAGUGAUAUCCAGCAGCUCCAGAAACAACUCAAAGAGUCGGAGCAUAUACUGGCCACUGCUGUCUACCAAGCCAAAGAGAAACUGAAGUCUAUUGAAAAGGCCAGAAAAGGGAGUAUUUCUUCAGAGGAGAUUAUCAAGUAUGCUCACAGGAUUAGUGCUAGUAAUGCAGUUUGUGCUCCUCUUAACUGGGUCCCAGGUGACCCGCGCAGGCCAUACCCCACUGAUCUGGAAAUGCGCAGUGGAAUGCUGGGUCACAUGAGCAACAUGUCCACCAAUGGAGUGAACGGACACCUGCCCGGAGAUGCAUUGGCUGCAGGAAGAUUACCAGAUGUGCUAACCCCACAGUAUCCAUGGCAGUCCACCGAUGUUUCCAUGGGGAUUCUGCCUCCUCACCAUGGCAACGAUUUUGGCCUUGAGCCACCUGGUCAUAACAAGGAAAAUGAAGAUGAUGUUGAGGCCAUGUCAACAGAUUCUUCCAGCAGCAGCAGUGACUCAGACUGAGUGUGUGUGGUGUGUGCGUGUGCGCGCAUCCAAGAUGUGCGGGCAGUUACCAGAGUAAUAGUCUGGAAAAAGUCAGAUGUCUUCAUCAUUUUAUCUCCAGAAGAUGGCAUCGUCUACACCAAACUGCACCUGUCGUUCAUUCUCUGCAAGUUUUAUUGGGUUGGAUAUGAAAUAUCAAUAUGAUUAUAACUGUUAUAACCAUUUUCAAGAAGCCUACAGUCAUCAUUGGUUUGUGUUAUUCUAAAGUCCCACUGGCUUCAUAAAUGUCACUGAUGUUUCCUUAUCGUGUGGAGUGUGAAAGGCUGAUUUGCAUAUAUUUGCAAUCUAGUGGAACGUAUGUUGAAAUGAGCCAAAUUUGUGGUUUACAUGGCUGGAAUAUAAAUAGUAAUGUAAAUACCUUUUCACUUACAGACUAUGUAAAUAAAACUUUUUUUUAUGAUGGUUAGCUUUUUUUUUAAUUUAAAUUCCUGUUUUGAGCUAACCGAUGGUAGUGUGCUCUUUUAAAUAGUUUUUCUCUCAGGAAUAAAAGUGAAAGGAAGUAGGAAUGUGUUUGUUGAAGUGACCCUUUGAGUUCAGUUUCCAUUAGAGUGACCUCUGACAUCUACAGUGACUGUUUGUGCUCAGUUCAAGGGCUUUGCUCAUGGGAGUCAGUAUGAAACAGAAUAGACUGUAACCUUAGAUUUAUUCAUAUUGGGCUUUUAAAAAAAUAUUUAUAGAACACAAUGUAGAGAGGCUUUAUUAAAGGUGCACUCUAAUUUUUUCCACAUUACAAAAGUUUUUGAAACACAUGUAUAAAA